AGAUAGAAGAGCAUAGUUAUUAUUCUUUGUAGCUAUAGUAUAGUAUACUAUAGUCUAGCUCCAUUUAUUAGCUUUGUCUUUUGCAACCAUUCCUUCUCCAUCCACUCAAUGUUGUUUCUGUUUGGCCUUCUCUCUUCUAUACUAUAUCACCUUUUUCCACUAAUUAACUUAUCAUAUAUAUCUCUCUGUCUCCAUCUCUCAUCUUGCCUCUCUAUCAAUUAGGGCUUUCUCUUAGGGUUGUUUCACUUUGGCUUAGACUAUACUUUAUCUUAGGAGACCUUCUCAAGGACCUUCAGCUAGAGAGCUUCUAAAAGGCAGGAAAAUAUAUAAAAAUGGCAUCAUCCAGCUCUUACAAUUCUCCAUGUGCUGCGUGCAAAUUCUUAAGGAGAAAAUGCAUGCCAGGAUGCAUCUUUGCACCAUACUUCCCACCGGAAGAGCCACAAAAAUUUGCAAACGUGCACAAAAUAUUUGGCGCUAGCAAUGUGACAAAGCUUCUUAACGAACUCCUCCCUCACCAAAGAGAAGAUGCAGUGAACUCACUUGCUUAUGAAGCUGAAGCACGAGUGAGGGAUCCAGUUUAUGGUUGUGUUGGUGCUAUCUCUUUUCUUCAAAGACAAGUUCAAAGGCUUCAAAAGGAACUUGAUGCUGCUAACACUGAUCUUCUUCGUUAUUCUCUUACUGAUAUUCCUCCACCUCCACCACCUUCUCUUUCUCUUCCUCAAGGAAUUGUAACGGUUCAACAAACACACUUUACUGCUGCAAGGAAUGAAGCCUUUUAUACACAAUCUCCUCCUCCAACUACAACUACUACUACUAAUACUUAUGAUUUUCCUUAUUCUGCUGUUCCUUGGAAUGAUACUUCUUCUGAGGACAUGAGUGAAGGUGGAGGAGGAAAUCAUUUUUGAAUUUACUUUAUUAAUAAGCCAUCUAGGGUUUUUUAUUUUAUUUUUCAGGCAUAUAUAUCUGGCCUGCCCUGCCUGCAAUAUUCUUAUGGCAUAUCAUAUAUCUAUCUAUUUUGACUCUCGCUAUAUAUAUGUACCCUUAUUGGACUCUUUUCUCUUUUUUAUUUAUUCAACGUCUAUCUAUCUUAUUCAACUUUA